CAAUGGAGCAGCAGCAGAAGCAGAAGCCCCAAAAGAUGGCAGCUGAAGAACAGCAAGACACGGAAGAAAUGCAGCAGGGCCCUCUGUCAAUCGAACAGCUCCAGGCAUCUGGGAUAGCAGCCCUUGACGUGAAAAAACUCAAAGAUGCCGGUCUGUGCACGGUGGAAUCUGUUGCAUUUUCUCCCAGAAAAGAUCUCUUGCAGAUCAAAGGCAUUAGUGAUGCGAAAGUUGACAAGAUCAUUGAAGCAGCCUCCAAGCUGGUUCCUAUGGGUUUUACCAGUGCUAGCCAACUCCAUGCACAGAGGCUCGAAAUCAUUCAGAUAACUUCAGGGUCAAGAGAACUUGACAAGAUCUUAGAGGGAGGAAUUGAAACUGGGUCUAUUACUGAAAUAUAUGGUGAAUUUCGCUCUGGAAAGACUCAAUUGUGUCAUACUCUGUGUGUAACUUGUCAACUUCCAUUGGAUCAAGGAGGUGGCGAGGGAAAAGCGAUGUAUAUUGAUGCCGAGGGUACUUUCAGGCCACAAAGGCUCUUACAGAUUGCAGACAGGUUUGGAUUGAACGGUGCUGAUGUUUUGGAGAAUGUAGCUUAUGCUAGAGCUUAUAACACUGAUCAUCAGUCACGCCUUUUGCUAGAAGCAGCUUCGAUGAUGGUGGAGACCAGGUUUGCUCUUAUGAUAGUGGACAGCGCUACAGCUCUCUACAGGACUGACUUCUCGGGAAGGGGAGAACUGUCAGCAAGGCAAAUGCAUUUGGCAAAGUUCCUGAGGAGUCUUCAGAAGUUGGCCGAUGAGUUUGGUGUGGCGGUGGUGAUUACCAAUCAAGUUGUCGCGCAAGUGGAUGGUUCAGCACUCUUUGCUGGGCCCCAAAUCAAGCCCAUUGGUGGAAACAUCAUGGCACAUGCUUCUACAACAAGGCUUGCUCUCCGUAAGGGAAGGGGAGAAGAGCGCAUCUGUAAAGUGAUAAGCUCUCCUUGCUUGCCGGAAGCUGAAGCACGAUUUCAGAUUUCCCCAGAAGGUGUCACUGAUGCAAAGGACUAAUGCCAUGCAAACUGACUGACCAACCUUCACUUCCACCCUUCUUGGGUUUCAUAUCUUCAAUAUCUGCACAUACACAUAUCUAUUAUGGAAUACAUGCCAUUUAGCAGUUGCUUCAAGGGUGUGAAACUAGAUGCAUUGAUUAAAGGGCAUUCUACGUUUGCAAGGUACAUGUGUGUGUGUGUGUGUGUUUUUUUUUGUUUUUUUUUAAUUCAUGGAAAGGGAGGGAGAUCCAUCUCUCAAAGAACCAUUCAGUUGGAAGUUCUAUACAAUUCUACCACAGGGUAAUGCAAUGUGACUUGUUUGAGUUGAAUUUUGCUUGUAAUUGUAGAAACAAUGUCGGCAGUCAAUCUUUUGAAUAAAUAGGAGCAAUUAGUGAA